CUCAUCUCAAGCCUCUGCCAACCAACCAACCAACCCCUCUCUCCCUCUCCGCGCUCCUUCCCAGUCGCUGAGCCACAAAGGCUACUGUCGGUAUUCGGCAGUGGCACCUCGCUGCUUCAGCGUGAAGAUGGUAGGCAGUUUGUGUGCCCGUAAGUUGGCUCGGCGAUCACGGUCUGCGUUAAUAGCGGCACUUACUGUGCUACUAAUCCAGACACUUAUCGUAUGGAACUUCAGUAGCCUGGACACGGGGGAAGACAGGGAAGACGAUGGCAACGGCAGAGAGAAGCGAGACCGAAUCGGUAUCAACAAAGCCUACAGCGAGUAUCCGAAAAGCGGCUUCCCGAGAAGACAUCAUCAGCCACCACUGGGAAAGGCACCCGUUCGGCAUAAGCAGCAACCGGAUGGCUAUCACUCCCAUCGGCCGAAGGAGAAAGUGCGGGUGGACAGCAACAACGAGAACUCCGUGCCCAAAGACUUCGAGACCAUCGACAACAGUAACUUCGGGGCGCGGGCACAGACGCAGAGCCAGCGGCACACUACAGGGGGCGCCGGCGGCGGGGCGGGCAGCAACAAACGCAAGCAGCUAAUGCUGGAGAGGGCGCACGCCCAACAGAGCCAGGCCAAGGGCUCCAACGAGGUCAUCCAGUACGGCCAGAAGUACGGCAUAACCGCCGCUGGCAAUGGCGGGCGCAACCACACCAGCGCGACUCACUACGCCACCGGAGGAGGCGCCGCUGCCGCCGGGCAACGCACAGCCAGGCCCGUUCCAGGACACACUCCGGCCCAGCCUCACCGGCACCACCGGCCCCAGGCCCAGGCGAGGCGCACGGUGGCGCCCCCGCUGGCCGAACUGCACUACGACCAGCCCCCCAAGUGCGAGAUCAGCGGCAAGGAGGCCAUCUCGGCGCUGUCGCGCGCCAAGACCAAAGAGUGCCGGCAGCAGAUCGCCGAGGUCUACUGUCGCCACAAGGAGGGCAAGCUCAUGCCCGAGAAGGUCACCCGCUUCUGCCCCAUUGAGGGCAAGGGCAACGUGAACGUGCAGUGGGAGGAGGAUUCGGUGGAGAGCGCCCCGGCUGUGCCAGUGAGGAUCGCCUUCAUGCUGGUGGUUCACGGGCGGGCCUCGCGGCAGAUCCAGCGUCUCUUCAAGGCCAUCUACCACACCUCACACUUCUACUACAUCCACGUGGACCAGCGCUCCAACUUCCUGCACAGAGAGAUGGUGGCGCUGGCCAGCCAGUUCCCCAACGUGCGCAUCACUACCUGGCGCAUGUCCACCAUCUGGGGCGGCGCCAGCCUGCUCACCAUGUACCUGCGGGCCAUGGCGGACCUGCUGGCCAUGAAGGACUGGCCCUGGGACUUCUUCAUCAACCUCAGCGCUGCCGAUUACCCCAUCAGGACCAAUGAUCAGCUGGUGGCCUUCCUGUCAAAGUACCGUGACAUGAACUUUAUCAAGUCCCAUGGAAGAGACAAUGCACGCUUCAUCAGAAAGCAGGGCCUGGACAGACUGUUCUUCGAGUGCGACACUCACAUGUGGCGCCUGGGUGACCGGAAGAUUCCGGAAGGCGUCUCAGUGGAUGGCGGCUCCGACUGGUUCCUGAUGAACCGCGUGUUCGUGGACUACGUCAUCAACACUCAGGACGACUUGGUCUCCAGCAUGAAGCGCUUCUACGCCUACACACUCCUACCUGCCGAGUCGUUCUUCCACACGGUGCUGGAGAACAGUCCCCACUGUGAGAACAUGGUGGACAACAACCUGCGCAUCACCAACUGGAACCGCAAGCUUGGCUGCAAGUGCCAGUACAAGCACAUCGUGGACUGGUGCGGCUGCUCCCCCAACGACUUCAAGCCCUCCGAUCUGCCACGCUUCCAGCAAACCACGCGGCCCACCUUCUUCGCCCGCAAGUUCGAGGCCAGCGUCAACCAGGAGAUCGUCAACCAGCUGGACGCCUUCCUGUUCGGGGGCCUCCCCCAGGGGACGCCGGGCAUGCGCGCCUACUGGGAGAACAUCUUCGACGAGCCCGACAGCGUGCGGAGCCUGACGGACACGCAGCUCACGUACUACCACGCUUUCGCCCGCAUGGGCCUGGCCCGCGCUACCAGCUCCCUGCAGGGCAGCCCCGGGGACAACAGCUGCAGGUACGUUGCCAUGGGGAGCCCAGUGUCUGUCCACCUGUACUUCCUUUCGGAUGAGUUUCAGGGUUACCUGGUACGGCACCACGGCACCAACCUGGCAACCAGCAAGCUGGAGACCCUGGAAACGUGGGUGAUGCCCAGGAAGUUCUUUAAGUUCUCCAACCCUCCCAACAGCUUCACUCGGCUCCAGUCGGCAGAGAUCGGAUCGGACUGGGAUGCUAAGGAGCGACUGUUCCGGAACUUUGGCAACCUGAUGGGGCCGUCGGAAGAGCCCGUGGGUAUGCAGCGCUGGGGGAAGGGGCCCAACAUCACGGCGACGGUCGUGUGGGUCGACCCCACCAACGUGAUCGCGGCCACCUACGACAUCCUGGUGGACGCGGGGUCAGAGUUCACGCACUACCGGCCGCCCCUGAACGGGCCGCUGCGGCCGGGCAUGUGGACCCUGCGUGUGCUGCACCACUGGAACCCCGUGGCCGAGACGCGCUUCCUCAUCGCACCGCUCACACACCACAAACACCAGCCCAUACGCAAGGAGGACGCCUUGAAGCUGCACAACGGGCCGGCCAAGAACAGCUACAUGGAGCAGAGCUUCCACGGUCUCAACCCCAUCCUCAACAUCCCGGUGCACCUGGGCCAGGUGGAGGCGGCGGAGCAGCACGCGGGCCUGACGGGGGCCGAGCUGGAGCGCUGGGCGGACGGGCUGGUGGCCGAGGUGUGGUCGGCCGUGGACGUGUGCAGCGCGGGCCCCAGCCCCAGCGGAUGCCCCGUGCUGCAGGCCUGCCGCGACACGCCCUGGAGCUCCCUCAGCCCCGACCCCAAGUCCCGCGUGGGGCCCACCGGGGCCAACGGCCGCGUCAGGUAGCAGCCGGGCGGACGUGACCACCUGGGUGACACGAGGCGAGACGGAGGCUCCGGUUCUGGGUUCUACUGCUACAGCUGCUUCUGCUGACGGUGUUCGUGUUUUGUUGGCGGCGUGGCUCCUUCACGGGGACGACUUCUCUCUUCUGACAUGUUUGGUUUAUUUUUUGUUUUUUUUUGUUGUCGUUGUGGUUGUUUUCGUUAUUAUUUAUUCAACUCUUCUCUUCUUCUCAACCAUUGCUUGUGCAAAAUGUAUGCACAGCCACCCCCCCCCCCCCAUCUCCCCCUCCCCUCAUGGAACGCUGUUAAUGUUAAUGACUCUUUAAGAGGGACAUAAAGAAACACAAAUACACACACACACACACACACACACACACAUACAGCAGCCAAUGUUUUUUGUGCUGUUAUUGCUGUAUGUCCAUGAGCUAAGUGCAUUCUGCUUCAGGCAGGCUGAAAGAGUGCUGUCGUCAGUUUUUUUUUAGUCCCUUUUUAAUUCCUCUCUUUUUUUAAUUUAUUGUAGUUUGAUUACUGAAGAAACUGUGAUUUGCUGAGCUGGUCUGGCGCUGACUGACGGGAGGUUUGAAAGCGAAAUAGAUAAAAAGAGAGUUCUUACAUAAUAAGCACAGAAAGGAACGUUUUUUCCACACUGGCAAUGUGACCAAAAUCCAGAAAACCCUGCACCAGAAAGCCUCUAUGCAUGUUUGAAAAGCAGCACACUGCGGCCAGUCACACAGUACAGAGAGAGCGCCGAGCGUACAGAAGACGCAUUGGUGCUCCGCUGCUGGGAGAAAUGCGCCAUAGUUCAACGUUGAUUCAGCGCUGCGGCGGCCUCCUGUUCGCCCGCGGGCUCUUCUCCUUCACGGUACAAAUCGAUGUGAGAUGAGCAGGGUGAGUGAAACAGAGAAGAGAGAGGAGGAAGAGGAGGAGGAGGAGGAGGAGAAGAGGAGGAGUGAGCUUCAGGAGAGAGCUUCAGCUCACUUGUGUUAGCGCUGUGGCGGCUGCCGUGUGGAAGUGAAGUGGAAUACUGCAGAGUAGGUUGUGGCACCCUUCUCACGGUGCGCUGCCUGGCGAACGUCACAGGCGGUUCUAGCAGUGCCACACCGCGCGGAAACGCUCUCCUCUCCGCUGUCUGCCGUUCGUCUGCAGGGCCGCUCAAACUUGAAAUGCUGCGUGUCAGCUGUGCUGCCACUCCUGAAGGGAAACCGUUUCAAGUUUUCUUUUCUCAGACAACUAUUAGUAUUUUUUUUUUUCUUUUUCUUUUUCUUUUUGCCCUUAAGUAGAAGUAUGGGUGUGUAGGAGUGAGGGUAGUGCGUUGGCUAUUUAUUCAUGUGUUUAUAAAUGAAAUAGCUACUCUUUAGUCAAUGACUAAUGUCUAUAUGCUGUUUUUGCAGCUCAUUCAAUACCUUUUGUAACCAAUCUGCCUUUAUUUAAAAAGGCCCUCACCCCCCCCCCUCCAACCUUGUAACUAUGAUGAAACACACAGAUCACAUGGAUCACAGUAGCUCCUUCAGUAGUGUUGUUGUUGUUUUGGACGCCGGUUGGUGUUCACAUGUACAUUUCAUUACCCUGUUUAAAGAACCAGUGGGGGGCCAACUGUUUGAUCUUUUUAAGACCGGCCGCUUGUGUCUGGUUGCGUUGCCUGUACUUGCCGACUGUGAGUCCUUGAGUGUGUGUGUGUGUGUGUGUGUGUGUGUGUGUGUGUGUGCACCUAUAAUUCUCCUGGCCUGGUGGCAACCGCGGUCUGGGUUCUCUGCUCGAAAAUGAUCCAGAGAAUCAGCUGGACUAGUGGUUUUUGCAAGCAAGCAGCUUUUUGUGUUCCUUUUCCAUGUCACCGAGUUGAACUGGAACAGUGCGGAGCAGGCCCCCCCCCCCC